CACUGAUCAAAGGCCUGUGUGAGCCGAGGCCCUUGCGUGCAGCAUUUUCGGCACCCGUUAGGCACCGCACGGUUUUUUUCCCCCUCCCGCCAGCCCGACGGGCCCCGCGGCUCGGAUCAUGCCGUUGCCAUUGUGAUUCUCUCGCCCCCCUGGGGAAACUCCCGGAAGGAUCGCGUGGGGAAAUUCGGGGACUCUGCGGGCGAGAGCGCAUGAGAGCGGAGCGGAUGAGCCGUGUGUGCAUCGUGGUCCUAGAGGAGGUGGAAGAUGAGCCCUCCUUUCCUUCCAGAGUUUCUCAGGAUCGCUUUUCCCAGCAUUCUUCGGACGCAGACACUCAGAGUGUGAAGCCGGCACUACUGAAAGCGAUAUUUAAUGUGGACCCAGACGAAGUCCGCUCUCUCAUAUUCAAGAAAGAGGAUGUAAAUGUACAGGAUAAUGAGAAGAGGACGCCGCUACAUGCUGCUGCCUAUCUUGGCGAUGCAGAGAUUAUAGAGCUGCUGAUUUUGUCAGGAGCGAGAGUAAAUGCCAAAGAUAACAAGUGGCUCACCCCUCUACACCGAGCAGUGGCCUCCUGCAGUGAGGAUGCAGUGCAGGUGCUGUUGAAGCACUCCGCCGAUGUCAACGCCCGCGACAAGAACUGGCAGACGCCGCUGCACAUCGCCGCCGCCAACAAGGCGGUCCGCUGCGCCGAGGCCCUGGUGCCGCUCCUCAGCAAUGUCAAUGUGUCGGACCGGGCCGGCCGGACCGCCCUGCACCACGCCGCCUUCAGCGGCCACCUGGAGAUGGUGAAGCUGCUACUCUCUAGGGGUGCCAACAUUAAUGCCUUCGAUAAGAAGGACCGGCGGGCGAUCCACUGGGCUGCAUACAUGGGACACAUCGAAGUGGUGAAGUUGCUGAUUUCUCACGGCGCAGAGGCAACCUGUAAAGACAAGAAGGCCUACACCCCCCUGCACGCCGCAGCCUCCAGUGGCAUGAUCAGCGUCGUCAAGUGCCUUCUGGACCUGGGAGUGGAUAUAAAUGAGCCCAACGCCUACGGCAACACCCCCCUACACGUGGCCUGCUACAACGGGCAGGACGUGGUUGUGAAUGAGCUCAUCGAGUGCGGCGCCAACGUCAACCAAGUGAACGACAAAGGCUUCGCCCCUCUCCACUUCACCGCUGCGUCCCGGCACGGCGCUCUUUGCCUGGAGCUGCUGGUCGGCAACGGAGCAGAUGUCAACAUAAAGAGUAAAGAUGGGAAAACCCCCCUCCACAUGACCGCCAUCCACGGGAGGUUCUCCAGAUCUCAAGCUGUCAUUCAGAGCGGUGCUGAGAUUGACUGUGAAGACAGAAAUGGGAACACCCCUCUGCACAUAGCGGCCCGAUACGGUCACGAGCUCCUCAUCAACACACUGGUCACCAACGGAGCUGACACCGCCCGGCGGGGCAUUCACGGGAUGUUCCCUCUCCAUUUGGCCGCUCUCAGUGGGUUCUCUGACUGCUGCCGAAAGCUCCUGUCCUCUGGCUUUGACAUUGAUACCCCUGAUGACUUUGGGAGGACGUGUUUACACGCAGCGGCGGCGGGAGGUAACCUGGAGUGCUUAAAUCUCUUGCUCAACACUGGGGCGGAUUUCAACAGAAAGGAUAAAUUUGGAAGGACACCUCUGCAUUAUGCUGCUGCCAACUGCAACUACCAGUGCCUGUUCGCCCUGGUGGGGUCUGGUGCCAGCGUCAACGACCUGGACGAGAGGGGAUGCACCCCGCUACACUACGCCGCCGCCUCUGACACGGACGGGAAGUGCCUGGAGUAUUUACUGCGGAACGAUGCGAACCCAGGGAUCCGAGACAAGCAGGGCUACAAUGCCGUGCACUACGCUUCAGCGUACGGCCACCGCCUCUGUCUGGAGCUGAUUGCAAGUGAAACACCACUUGAUGUGCUUAUGGAGACGUCUGGGACAGACAUCCUGAAUGACUCUGAUGUUCGCGCCCCCGUCAGCCCCCUCCACUUAGCCGCAUACCAUGGGCACCACCAAGCCAUGGAGGUGCUGGUUCAGUCCCUGCUGGACCUGGACGUGAGGAACAGCCAGGGCCGCACACCCCUGGACCUCGCUGCCUUCAAGGGGCACGUGGAGUGUGUGGAUGUCCUGAUCAACCAGGGCGCCUCCAUCUUGGUCAAGGACUAUACCCAGAAGAGGACCCCCAUUCAUGCUGCAGCCACAAACGGCCAUUCCGAGUGUCUGCGCUUGUUGAUCGGGAAUGCAGAUCUUCAGACUGCUGUGGACAUUCAGGAUGGAAAUGGACAGACCCCCCUGAUGCUGUCUGUGCUGAGCGGACACACCGACUGCGUUUACUCCCUGCUCAACAAGGGAGCCAACGUGGACGCCAAAGACAAAUGGGGAAGGACGGCUCUCCACAGAGGGGCCGUGACAGGUCACGAGGAGUGCAUGGAGGCCCUGCUGCAGCACAGCGCCAACUUCCUGGUCCGGGACUGUAGGGGGCGCACUCCCGUGCACCUGGCAGCUGCGUGCGGACACAUCGGGGUGCUGGGGGGGCUGCUUCAGGCAGCGCAGUCCCUAGAGGCUCUCCCCGUCAUCACGGACAACCGCGGUUACACCCCCCUGCACUGGGCCUGCUACAACGGCCAUGACACGUGUGUGGAAGUGCUGCUGGAGCAGGAGCUUUUCCGCAAGGUCGAGGGCAACUCCUUCAGUCCCCUGCACUGCGCUGUAAUAAAUGAUAACGAAGGGGCAGCUGAGAUGCUGAUUGACACUCUGGGUCCCGGUAUUGUGAACUCUACGGAUUCCAAAAACAGGACCCCGCUGCAUGCGGCAGCCUUCACAGACCACGUGGAGUGUCUGCAGCUGCUGCUCGGGCAGAAUGCCCAGGUGAACUGUGUCGACGCCUCCGGGAAGACGCCCCUCAUGAUGGCUGCCGAGAAUGGCCAGACCAACGCUGUCGAGGUGCUGGUGAGCAGCGCUAAGGCAGACCUCACGAUGCAGGACUCCAACAAGAACACCGCGCUGCAUCUGGCCUGCAACAAGGGACAUGAAACGAGUGCCUUGUUAAUACUGGAGAAGAUAACCGACCGGAACCUCAUCAACUCCACAAAUGCAGCUUUACAGACCCCGCUACAUGUGGCGGCCCGGAAUGGUCUGACGGUGGUGGUGCAAGAGCUACUGGGGAAGGGCGCCAGUGUGCUCGCGGUGGACGAGAACGGCUACACCCCUGCCUUGGCGUGCGCCCCGAACAAAGACGUGGCUGACUGCCUCGCUCUCAUCCUGGCCACCAUGAUGCCUACGUCUCCCAGCUCCAGCAUUCCCAGCCUCAGCUUCAGUGCCAUUAACCACUACUCCAACCCUUCCAAGACGGUCACCUUCGACACCCUGCCCAUUCUGCGCAGCGAGCACAGCUCCUACUGCAGCUUCAACAACAUCGGCCGCGGGGACGGCUUCUACACCCCGGACGACGAGCUCAACGACUCCGACUCGGAGACGUACUGAGGGGA